GCGGUCGGUGUGCCGCCGGUGUUAGUGCGCUGCGAACGCUCCAUCGCUGCCCGUCUCCGUCUCCUCGGAGCCCCAAACACACCACUCAUUCACCCGCUCACACAGUGGCAGUGUCCGUAGUGCCAGUGCCCGAUCGGCCACCCCGGAGGCGGCGCGGAUGACUCCAAACACACGAUGACCUGCGAUGAGGCGGCUGGCGAGCCGCCGUCUACCGCCCUCAACGUCACCUCGGACCCGUGUCUCGAGGUGCGGAAGUACUGGUGCUUUUUGCUGUCCAGCAUAUGCACGUUCCUCGCAGGCCUGCUGAUAGUGCUCGUGUGGCGCCUGUUCGCGUUCCUGUGCUGCAGCAAGGAAGCCGAGUAUGGGCCGAACGAUCCCAAGCAGAAGGAGCAGAAGGCUGCCCGACAGGGCAAGCAGGAGUUCGAGGGCACGUUCAUGACAGAGGCCAAGGACUGGGCGGGAGAACUCAUAUCCGGACAGACCACCACCGGUCGCAUCCUGGUCGUUCUGGUGUUCAUAUUAAGUAUAGCAUCACUUGUAAUUUACUUCAUAGAUGCCUCAAAUGACGGCGUGGAGCGCUGCCAGGAGUGGAGCAACAAUAUCACUCAACAAAUCGACCUUGCCUUUAACAUAUUUUUUAUGGUCUAUUUUUUUAUAAGAUUUAUAGCUGCUAGCGAUAAGUUAUGGUUCAUGCUAGAAAUGUACUCGUUCGUUGAUUACUUCACGAUACCCCCGUCCUUCGUGUCCAUCUAUUUAGACCGCACGUGGAUAGGCCUUCGAUUUCUACGUGCGUUACGUUUAAUGACAGUGCCGGACAUAUUACAAUACCUCAACAUACUGAAGACUUCCAGUUCCAUACGACUUGCUCAACUGGUGUCUAUUUUCAUAUCAGUAUGGUUGACUGCAGCUGGUAUCAUUCAUUUACUGGAGAACUCGGGUGAUCCUUUGGACUUCGACAACCCGCAUCCGUUGCCCUACUGGACGUGUGUCUACUUCCUGAUCGUGACCAUGUCAACAGUAGGCUACGGCGACGUUUAUUGCCACACCGUCCUUGGAAGAACGUUCCUCGUCUUCUUCCUGCUUGUCGGCUUGGCAAUAUUUGCUAGUAGCAUUCCCGAAAUCAUAGAUCUAGUAGGCACUAGGUCCAAGUACUGUGGCGAGUACAAGAGAGAACAUGGAAAGAGGCAUAUUGUGGUUUGCGGACAUAUUACCUAUGAGUCUGUGUCGCACUUUCUUAAGGAUUUCCUACACGAAGACAGAGAAGACGUCGACGUGGAAGUUGUAUUUCUACACAGGAAACCGCCAGAUCUUGAACUGGAAGGUCUCUUCAAGAGACACUUCACAACUGUAGAGUUCUUCCAGGGAACCAUUAUGAACCCUAUUGACCUGCAAAGGGUCAAGGUACAUGAAGCAGACGCUUGUCUAGUGCUUGCAAACAAAUACUGCCAGGAUCCGGACGCCGAAGAUGCAGCCAACAUCAUGAGAGUGAUCUCAAUCAAGAACUACAGUGAUGACAUUAGAGUCAUCAUUCAACUUAUGCAGUACCAUAAUAAAGCUUACCUACUCAACAUUCCGUCUUGGGACUGGAAACAGGGCGACGACGUGAUCUGCCUGGCCGAGCUGAAGCUCGGCUUCAUCGCUCAAUCGUGUCUGGCACCAGGAUUCUCCACCAUGAUGGCCAACUUGUUCGCCAUGCGAUCCUUCAAGACGUCUCCGGACAUGCAGGUGUGGACCAAUGACUAUUUACGUGGCACCGGAAUGGAAAUGUACACAGAGACACUCAGCCCCUCGUUUAUUGGCAUGCCAUUUGCUCAGGCCACAGAGUUGUGUUUCACCAAACUGAAGUUGCUAUUGUUAGCUAUUGAAGUAAAAGGAUCCGAAGGUGCGGACACUAAAAUCUCCAUAAAUCCUAGAGGUGCUAAAAUCGUAGCAAGCACACAAGGAUUUUUCAUAGCACAAUCAGCAGAUGAAGUUAAAAGGGCGUGGUUCUACUGUAAAGCGUGUCACGAUGAAAUCAAAGACGAGACGUUAAUAAAGAAGUGCAAAUGCAAAAACUAUGUCGGCAUGAUCAUGAUGCAGACAGGCAUGGUCAAACAGGGCCUUAGCUCCUAUCAAAGAUAUCUGGAUGAUGACCAUCAUCCUCCUCCCACUUUUACACCACCAGAGUUGCCCAAGAAGGUUCAUGUCCGAGGUGACAUGAAUCGACAUGAUGAUGUGCACCUGGCACACAGGAAUCACAGGAAUAGUACUGUACCAACUGCAAACAUGGUGAAUUCCACCAAACAAGUCAACAAAGUUAAGCCCAACAUAACCAGGUCGGCUACAGAUAAUAUGGUUUCACCAGGAUACAAUUCAAGACCGCCGGAACAGGACUCAACAACUUAUGCCGGCUAUCAUCUUGCCUAUGAAGUCAAAAAACUCAUGCCGACGAGCCGGAGCAGCGGCGGCACCAACCAAAACAAUAACGGAGUCGCACUGCCCGUUGGUCUGGCCGAUGACCAGGCCAAAGACUUCGAUUUUGAAAAGACUGAAAUGAAGUACGACAGUACUGGCAUGUUUCAUUGGGGACCUGCAAGAAACCUUGAAGAAUGUCUUUUGGAUCGAAAUCAGGCAGCAAUGACGGUACUAAAUGGACAUGUGGUAGUGUGCCUGUUCGCAGAUCCGGAUUCACCUCUUAUAGGACUUCGGAAUUUGGUCAUGCCUUUGAGAGCCAGCAAUUUCCACUAUCACGAACUGAAACAUGUAGUUAUAGUGGGAUCUGUGGAUUAUAUUAGGCGAGAGUGGAAAAUGCUGCAGAAUCUACCCAAAAUAUCUGUUCUCAACGGAUCGCCAUUAAGUCGGGCAGAUCUAAGAGCAGUGAACGUCAAUUUAUGCGACAUGUGUUGCAUUCUUUCGGCAAAAGUACCGAGCAACGAUGAUCCUACAUUAGCUGACAAAGAGGCAAUUCUAGCAUCACUUAACAUCAAAGCAAUGACAUUCGAUGAUACAAUAGGUGUUUUAAGCCAAACUAACGGUGCAGAUGAAGCGGGUACUCCUGUCGGAAGCCCCAUUAUCUUGCAACGCCGUGGAUCCGUUUAUGGAGCUAAUGUGCCCAUGAUCACGGAGUUAGUAAAUGACAGCAACGUGCAGUUCUUAGAUCAAGACGACGACGAUGAUCCAGACACUGAACUGUAUCUGACGCAACCUUUCGCCUGCGGUACCGCCUUUGCUGUCAGUGUGUUAGACUCGUUAAUGUCUACGACGUAUUUCAAUCAAAAUGCCUUAACACUCAUUCGAUCAUUAAUUACUGGAGGUGCUACGCCAGAACUAGAAUUAAUACUUGCUGAAGGUGCUGGUCUUCGUGGUGGUUACAGCACUCCUGACAGUUUAUCGAACAGAGAUCGAUGUCGCGUCGGUCAGAUCUCAUUAUAUGACGGACCUUUGGCACAAUUCGGCGAGACUGGCAAGUAUGGCGACCUGUUCGUCGCCGCGCUCAAACAAUUUGGCAUGCUGUGCAUAGGAUUGUACAGAUUUCGGGAUACAAGCUCCUCCUGCGAUGCCAGCAGUAAACGAUAUGUCAUCACGAAUCCGCCGGAUGAUUUUCAAUUGCUGCCCACCGACCAAGUUUUCGUGUUAAUGCAGUUUGAUCCGGGACUCGAAUAUAAGCAGUGCAGAGGUGGCGGACGGACCGGUCAAGGUCAGGGCAGCGGUACAGGUGGCGGCGGAACCAACAAGGAUGAAAACUCCUGACUGCUGCUAUGUAGCGCCCUCACGGACGGACCCUACUCCUACAUCUGAGGGGGCCUAGCUGCGACCCUAAAUAGGGUCUCGCUGCCAAGACAAGGGCAUCACUAGAGUCAAAUUUGGUCGAAUGAUCACUUGAUCAUGAAAAUAGAAGAAAAUAUCCAACAAACAACAAUACACAAAACUAGUAAUUUUAUAAUAUUACUUCUUCCUGAGCUAUAGUUACGACGAUUAUGAUUUCCAUGACUGAAUACGCAACAUGGUGCCUAUUUUUUCUCUAGUGAGUCCCUUCGUUCAAAAUACCAACUACCCACCAUUCCAUUACCCUUUGUUCCAGAUUUUAAUUAUUUUUACAUAAGGUUAUAAAAUAAGUAAAUGUUAACUUCGGACGACUUUUUAUAUUUGUUUCUUCGUAUAUUAUUAACAAAAAUUUAAUCCUCCAUGAUUGCAGGAUCAAUUUAAUUCAGUUCCGAUCGAAUAAUUGCUAAUCAGCAUGAGACCUGUAAACAAUUCUAACAUAGAAAUUGUGGAGGAUCGACUCAAAAUGACCGACACUAACAUUUUAAUUAUCAAGUAAUAAAAUGCAAUAAUCUCGCGUAUUUUUUUUUUUUAAGUGGGUGUUUAAUGCUACAUAUUAACCAACGUGAGGCGCUACAUAUUAACCAAAUCCCGAACUUAUAAAAUUCACUUAAAAACUACCAGUGCUUUAUAUAAGAAUUAUGAUGUGAAGAAAUCUAUUAAUGCUAAUACAUCGAUAAGGACAUUUUAAUAAAAUUUUGUACAUAGUAUCAACCGCAAUUUUUUUAAAUAAUAUAAAAAGCUAUCGUGCCAUGUAUAUACAUAGACUGAGUGAAAAAGAGCUUUUUAUAGGUUGUAUAAAUGAUGUAGAUAAAUGUUAGACAGAGGUGGGUAUAUUAUUGACCUAAUUGUUAAAUGGAAUUUGUUUUUUAUAAAUAGUUAAUUAAUUGUUAUUUAAAUAAUAUAUAUUUAAUAAGGAAUUGUAAGAUAUGUAUAUGUACAUUACAAAUAUUUAAAUUGUGAUAUUGUAAAUACAUAGUUAUAGUUGAUUUCUACACGAUCUGUUUGUGUAAAGUUUGUUAUUUAGGCAAAUGAAUAUGUGCACACAUUUAAUUAUCUGAUUUUAAUCAAUAAAGUUUAUGUAUAAAAUUAAAACCUAUCUUGAAUUUCAAUACAUAUUUGCACACUUUUUAUAUUACACUUAAUCUCUUAAGUUGUAUAUAAUAUUACAUAACACAUAAAUAAUGAGAUUUGUUUAAAGAAUCUUGCAAAUUAUAAAAGGGCAUUAUAUUUUAGAUACUGGUACUUAUUCAUAUUCAUUUGCCUUAUCGUUUUAGAUUAGGUACAAUUUUAUCUUAUUUAGCAAUACAUUUGAACAACCGAUUUACACCAAAAAAUUUGAAAUAGUUAUAAUAUGCUUAAUUUAGAAUUUGUCAAUAUUACUUUUGGUAAGGUAGUCACCCAUCUCUGGUUUCGACGAAUUUAAUGUUUUACUUUUUUAUAAAAUAAUUUUUCACAUGUGUGUCUUGUUAAAUAUAAAAUGCAUUUUAUGAACAAUCACAUGGAAAAGUACAACUUGUUGAUUGAGCUUUUCUAAAUGAAUCAUUUCAACAUUUAAUAUAGUAUUUGUAUUACACACAUAUUUAUUUAUGUGCAAACGCAAAUGCACAUUUAAAUGUAAAUGAAAAGUCUCAAUAAAUUUUUAGUUAUUCCAUUUUUCUAAUAAUUCAUUCAAUAAUAAAUUCAAAACAUUAACAAAAUAAGACUGAAUUAUAAGAAGUGCUAAAAUAAGUUUUCAUGCGUCUUAAUAAAGCGGUGAAAUAACUGCAAAUUGUGUAAUUAUUAAUUAACAAUUUGUACUUUUCAUAGAACACUAAUUUACAUUUUAAUAAGACAUGUAAACAUCAUUCACAUUAAAUGUUUUCCACGUAAUCAUUUUUAAUAUCAAACGAGCAGUUCAUAACCAACCAAUACAUAAAUGACUGCUCUUAUAUACUAUAGCUUUUUUUAGAUAAAUUAAUAAACAAUUUUUUACCUAAAAUUGAUAAAAUUGAAGUUGUCAUCUGCUGAAACCAACCAAUAUUUAAUACAUGUAAAUAGGUUUUUGUGACGUAACCGUGUAAGUUUAUUUAGAUUUAUACUAUAGUAAUGUAUUUUAUUUAAAUACACAUUUUGACUUUUGUGAAACAUGUUUUAGCUGAUGACUUACAAUUAAUAUAUGUUUGAGUGGAUGAUAUAUUUAAAAAUAUUGCGCACUCGGCAAUUUAAAAACGCAGCUGUUGUUGAUGUUAUAUAAUUGUUAAAUAAAGAUGCAAAUUGUACAUAAAAUGUGCGAUAAUCGAAAAUAAACAAGCUCUAUUUGAAGUA